AAAACCCCCGGUAGGCGGGACUGAAGAAACUGAUGCCUCGUUUGUCCAAUAACCACCUUAUAUGACGGAUGUACUGACCAAUGAGAUUAACGUACCAGACCCUCGUGGCCAGGUGUCGUUGGUUGAGUAGGUUCCUGUUAUUACAAUUUUAAAUUUGGCAGAAUAUAGAGGUCUGUUAUGGUUUUUCUUUUAUACCCCGCGAUUAUCCUUUUGCAGUAGUAACACCACUGAACUGCGGAGCACAAACAAGAAGAGGGCAGACAGACGCCCGCUUAGCUACCUGCCUUCCCUGGCUAUACGCUUGGUUGCAGUACUCUGUCUGUUUUUUGCAGCUACGGAUGUAGCCGUGUUCGAUGAAGCUUGAACAGCCAGGUGAAGAAGGCACUGAAGCUGAGGUCCACAUGGGCGUGGAGUCGAGUUGAAAUGAUGCAACUGUCCUACAGAGAGGACAUAUGGGACCUACAUGCUGGGAUCCCAUGACCCACCCAUCUACCAUCACUUGCCUGGUUGCUGUAACCCUGCAUUCCUCACUGCUAUGAGGCUGUGGCAGCUAUGAGCUCUGCCCUGUGGAGCCAGGAGAAGCCGAGUGGGGGCUUCCGGGAGGACUCGCGCUAUUACAUGGUGAUGAAGGAAUGCAUGGUGGAGAAGCCCCCACAGAAGACCCUGAAGGUGCUUCGCGGAAGCAUUGGCCAAGCCUGCCUAGAGCGCAACAGUUUGGGCCGCCCCUUGCCACCCAGUAAGGGCAAGAAAAGCCUGCGCAUCUUAGACCAGGCCAAUGUUGUGUUGGGCCUGGAUGAGAAGGACGUGCUGGAGCUGGAUGAGAAGCUGGCUGAGUUGCUCUUUCCCGUCAACAACUGUGAGGAGCGCUAUGGGCUUUUGUGCAACAAACCGCGUCUGGAGCGUGCCCGCGCCAUCGACUGUGGCUCCAAGGUGCAGGUGCAGCUGCGCUCGGGUGACGAGCCACUACCUGGGGUGGUGCGUUUCAAAGGGCCGCUCAUCCCCGAGAGGGCGCUCUCUGGGGUGUGGUUUGGAGUGGAGCUGCUGGAGCAGGGCCGGGGCCAGGGCUUCACAGAUGGGUCCUACCAGGGCCAGCAGCUGUUCCGCUGUGAGGACGAAUGUGGCGUGUUUGUGGCGCUGGACAAACUUGAGCUGUGGGAGGAUGAAGAAGAGGUGCUGAGCGACCCUCCUGACCCACGGGAUUGUGACUUGUCGCUGGAAAUCAAUUCACGUGUUGUGGUACAGACCAGGGAUGGCCCAGAGUAUGGAACCAUCAUCUUCUGCGACCUGUUGCCUGGCAACGAGAGCCUGGGCUACUACGUGGGAGUGGACAUGGACAAUCCCAUCGGUGACUGGGACGGCUUUUUUGAUGGCAAGCUGCUGUGUAAUUUCGCCAGCAUAGAACACACCCGUCUUGUCCCGAUCUGCGACGUAAUGCCAGAAUUCUCAAUGCAGGACCCCCGGCAUCAGAAACCGAACUUUGCGUCCAGAGGAAGUGGCAGUGAUAAGCCCUUGUCCUCACAGAACAAACCAAAGAACAAAGGAUUGGGUCUGCAGAGUGGGAAUAGAAGCAAGUCUGAGUUUUAUUACACUUUAAAUGGCAGCUCUGUCGAUCACCCACCACAGGCCAAAUCCAAAAGCACAUGGUACAUUGAUGAAGUUGGGGAAGACCCUGCCAAAUCCCUCACGGACACACCAUCAGACUUCGGCCAGACGUCCCCGCCGACUCGGGCUACACCCACGGGUUCUCUGUCCAGUGACAACAAGUUCCAUUCGCUGCCCUUCAGCCUGAGCAGGAAGGUCGGGCCCAACGGUGGCAUGACCAGCAGCCCACCAUCCCUGUUAGUGCAGUCCGUCAUUGGAGACCAGCACGAGUCUGGCCCCCAACCCAGCCCCCAGCCUGUGCCCCCUGCGCCGCCUCGCAAUCAGUAUGGCCUGGAGGUGGGCUCUCUGGUGGAGGUAAAGGAGAGCCCACCCCUGUGUGGGGUCAUUCGCUGGGUGGGCCAGCCCCCUGGACUGACAGAGCCACUGGCAGGGCUGGAGCUGGAGGAGGAGUGUGUGGGCUGCACUGAUGGCACCUUCAAGGGAACCCGUUAUUUCACCUGCCCACCAAAGAAGGCACUCUUUGUCAAGCUGCGCUGCUGUCGUCCAGACUCGCGCUUCCCAUCACUGCACCACGCCCCGAACCCCAUUGAGCGAUGCAACUCCAUAGCGUUCGGGCCUUACCUGAGCGAGGUGGUACAUGAAAACACUCCUCCACGUACAGAGAACGACGGACUCGACAUCAUGGUGGGCAAAAAGAAAGGCAUUCAGGGACACUACAACUCCUGCUACCUGGACUCCACCCUCUUUUGUCUCUUCGCCUUCAGCUCAGUUUUGGACACAGUUCUGCUGCGUCCACGGGCGAAGACAGACGUGGAGUACUACAGAGAAACACAAGAGCUCCUGCGCACCGAGAUUGUUAAUCCGCUGCGCAUACAUGGGUAUGUGUGUGCCACGAAAGUGAUGAAGCUGAGAAGGAUCCUGGAGAAGGUGGAGGCCGCGUCCGGCUUCACGUCUGAGGAGAAAGACCCCGAGGAGUUCCUUAACAUCCUGUUCCACCACAUUCUGAGGGUGGACCCCCUACUCAAACUGAGAUCUGCAGGACAAAAGGUCCAGGACUGUUACUUCUACCAGAUCUUCAUGGACAAAAAGGAGAAGGUGGGCGUCCCCACAAGCCAACAACUCCUGGAGUGGUCCUUCAUCAAUAGCGACCUCAAGUUUGCAGAGGCUCCCUCCUGCCUUAUCAUCCAGAUGCCUCGCUUUGGCAAGGACUUUAAGAUGUUCAACAAGAUCUUCCCAUCCCUGGAGCUGGACAUCACCGACUUACUGGAAGACACUCCUAGAGAGUGUCGUAUCUGUGGGGGACUGGCCUUCUUUGAGUGUCGCGAGUGCUAUGAGGACAGUGACAUUACGGCCGGGAAGAUCAAGCAGUUCUGCGAGACGUGCAACACGCAGGUCCACCUCCAUCCUCGGAGGAAGGCCCAUAAGCACGGCAAACUGUCGGUACCACGAGAGCUGCAGGAAGGUAUAUGGAGGCAGGGCACUUUUCCCCGACAGCGCAUGCAGCUGUUUGCAGUGCUGUGCAUCGAGACCAGUCAUUACGUGGCCUUCGUCAAGUACGGUGCGGCCGAGUCCGCCUGGCUCUUCUUUGACAGCAUGGCAGACCGAGACGGUGGUCAGAAUGGCUUCAACAUUCCCCAGGUGUCGCCGUGCCCCGAGGUGGGCGCCUACCUGAAGAUGACCCCCGAGGAGCUGCAUGCACUUGACCCCAAGAGCAUUCAGGGCUUCGCACGGCGACUGCUGUGCGAUGCCUACAUGUGCAUGUACCAGAGCCCCACCAUGAGCCUGUACAAGUAGGCGGGCAGGCGGAAAGGAAAGGUAGCAAAGGGGUGCGAGUCGCUGCUUGUGCUGUGUCUCCAUGCAGCUCAGAGAGGAGGAGGUGGUGGGGGCAGACAGCCCUAAUGCACUGUGCAUUCGUCCAUGUGUUGUGAACUCGCGUCUCUCCCAGUGCUGAAGGGGACAGUGUUGUGUAGGUUCUCCCUGCCAGCCCUGCGCUGGCACCCCCUGGCCCCUGAUGCCCAGAGCAGCACGCAGCCCCAUCAUUUACCUCCUCAAACCCCCUGGCCUACAGAAGAGAGCCAGGGGGCAGGGGGAUGGGGGCGUUUCAAGUGUUUAGAAAAGUCUGCUUGUAAAUAGUCCUUCAGCCAUAACAUUAUUGUGUAAUUGACACCAAAAAACUAUAAAUUUAAUUUUUCUUUCAAUUUUUUUUUAAUUUUUUUUUUUUAUUUUUAUUUUUAAGGAAUCACAAAUAGGCUAGACUGUUCUGCAGCUCUUCCUGUGACAGUUUGAAGCCCAUAAUCCCACGACCGCCUUUUAUAAAACCUUGCAUGAACUCUUACUUGGCCUAAGGCUAAUGAACGAAAAAUGUCCAGUACGUUUGUAAGGCUGCUUUUGGAGAAGCCAUGUAGUGUCUUCAGUGUCAGCCUCAGCAGGACAUGGAAAUCAGAGCGAAUCCAAAUUUCAGCCCUACACAUUCAAACCGAAUGAGUCAUGUUACCAUUUAACAAACCUUUAGCUUUUAUUUUGCAGGUCUGUCUUUGCUAAAAUGCUAAAGUAUUUCUGCUAAGUAUUAAUGGCAGGAUAAUUAAGGGUAGCAGCAUUUCACCUGAGUACAGCAUUGCUUUAAAGUAAGAGAGUGCAGCCUUUACUGUCUCCUCUGGACCAUGCUGUAGUCCUGGCUGUGUCUCCUCAUUCUUUUGCUCAGACCAUACCCUGGAUGUUGUCGGGGCGAACAAGGUCACUCCUCUUAAAGACAGACUCUGGUGGUAUGUGCUGUACACAUACUGAGGUAGAAGGUCCUGAAGGUGGUGUGUGUAUAAAGAUGUGUGCGUGCUGAGUACAGGUAAGCAGCCCCCUUGCUCCUGCCCCUCGCUUUCCGCCCUGGGUUGCUUCUCCAGGGGAUACCGCUGUGGUUGCUAACUCUCGUAGCGCCAAGUGCAUUGCUCAUGGACUCGGUGGAUUCGAAACUGGAUGCACUCUGUGGUAGCCUUAAAGCUUCUGAACCAGAACCAAGGAACGACUUGUACAGCUGCAAGAACAAGACAAGCUGGACGCUCAAUGUUAAUUACUACGCCUUUCAGUGCUGUUCCUCUCUAUGUUAAUUAUAUAAAGACAAUGUUAACUAAAUUAAAAC